CGUGGCUUUCCCGGCAAAAGCAAUUUAGCAAGGAGUGAUUCAUAUGACUAAGUGAAAAUUUUCUGACAAAAAAUCGUGAAAAAAUGUUGCCGAUAACAGAUUACCAAAAAAUCGGCAUUGGUGUCUCUGGCUUUGGAGUAUUUUUUCUCUUCAUGGGUGUGCUAUUCUUUUUCGAUAAAGGACUAUUAGCUAUUGGAAAUAUAUUGUUUAUCGCUGGGUUAGCACUGGUGAUUGGAUUAGAAAGAACUUUUAGAUUUUUCUUUCAAAAACACAAGCUAAAAGGAAGUUCAUGUUUUCUUGGUGGAGUAUUAGUUGUUCUUUUUGGUUGGCCUCUUAUAGGAAUGAUCAUAGAAAUUUAUGGAUUUGUGCUUCUAUUUAGUGGAUUCUUUCCAGUUGUAAUUAACUUUUUAAGAAGAGUACCAAUCAUUGGAAAUAUACUGAACUUUCCAGGAAUUAGCCAGAUAGUGGGUAGAUUAGCAGGAGAUGGAAGCAACUCCAUGGUGUAAACCACUCAGUAAUGCGAAAGACAAAACAUCCGCUGGUUUGUUACCAUGGGAAGGAAUCGGUAUCGAACACGAGGCACUGUGCCAGGGGACCUGAGGUUUACACCAGUAUUAAAUGGACCUGUGAAGCUCCUUACAGGCACUGUUGUUCAGCUCAUCAUCUGCGAUUUCUGUGCAAGAGAUGCUAUAUUCCUCAACCAAUUCAGUCAAAAUGAUUUUUCAGUUAUUCUUACAUUGUGCUUCCAUGAUAACAGUAUUAUUAUAAAUUCAUUGAUACUAUUGACUCUGCUGAAAACUGAAGCAAGCAUUUUGGCUUUGGAAGGAAAUCUCUCAUGAGGAAGGACUGUUAGCUAGUGCUCCUGUGCAAAAUGUAGGAACAAUCUACAACUCAUGAAAUACUGUGUUCAAUACAGUGAAACCGUCGUUAUGACAACCUCAGUGGUUACAGCAACCAUUUGUCUGCUGCAUAAAAAUACUAAAUGUUAAGCCAAGGGUUUCAUUAAAGGCCAUGUACCAGGCGAAUUGACUGGCUGCGAGGAUGAUUUUGCCUGCCUAGUUUGACCAUCUAGCAGAAAGUUUUUCUCAAAAAGAAGUUCAGCUCAAAUAGUUUUGCUCGCCUGUGAAAACCAGUUGCCACCCUGCCGAACACGUUAAUGAAACGCCUGGUGAAGCAUUAUCAAUAUUUUACCUCAACCCAUUUAUAUAACCAAGAUUGAUGAGGUUCCACUGUAAUUUUCCUAAGAGCUAAAUAAAAGGCUGUGACUUGGAGCCGGAAGGAGAA